AUGCUCCGCCCGUGGUUCCGUUCUGCAAAGCGUUGCUUUGGAACCAGCUAUACAGUGCAUUUGGUUUCCAGCCAAGCACAAGCAGAGCGCCUUUCAAGGGAGCUCUUGUUGAAGCUCCGAAAGAGAUCUCCGAAUGAAUCUUCGAUUGCCAAGAUUGCCUUGGACUGUGAAGGAGUGCGUUUAGGCCGUUUUGGACGUCUCUCUCUGAUGCAGAUGCAAGACGAAGAUGGACAAGUCAUGCUGUGUGACGCUUUGCGGCCUGGUAUUGUGGAAGCCUUUCGACCACUCUUGGAAAGCCCAAGCGUCGUCAAGGUGAUCCACGACUGCCGUGAGGAUAGCUCCGCUUUGUACCAUCAACACGGGAUCGGUCUCCGUGGCAUUUUUGAUACCCAGGUUGCCCAUGCGAGCCUGGAACGGGCGGCUGGAAGAGAGGCCUAUCAAGCCUCAGCCAGUGAACUCCUUCAGAAAUACCUCAACAUCGAUCCGGACGAUUCGGAGCUGAAAUCGUUGAUGCUGGAGGAUCCGCAGCUCUGGGGCCGACGACCCUUGUCCAAAGCCUUGGUGUCCUAUGCCGUCCGAUCCGUAGCGUAUCUGCUGCCGCUGCAUGAGCUGCUUAUGGAGAAGACCAAUGCCGCGCUCCAGGAGGAGAUUGCGGAAGCAUCUGCUCUUGCGGCGGACUACCGUUUCUUGAACCGUGAAUUUCCCACGGCAGAGAGUAUGGCCAAGAUUGGCACCCGGCUUUGGGCCUUAAUGGCCUCGCGGGGCCGCGACAAGCUCCUCCUGAAGCUCAAUGGACGAGUGGGCAUGGUGUGCACUCCAUCGGCAUUGAAACGUUUCAAGGACGUGAAGCUGGGUGACUUGGUCUACUGCUGCGUGAGCGGCGUGAGCAUCGAUGGCCGGUACCUCUACCUGGAUCGCUAUGACCAUGACUGGGACUACUUCGAUCAUCAGCUCCGGCCAUCGAGUCAACCUGAGGUGGGUGCUUAUGGCCGAGAGCACCGUUUCAGCACCUCGAUGUUCUCCCACGACUUGGAUCCCUUGUUCCUUCGAGGUCUGCCAGGACUUGCUGAUCAGGCGGUGGAUGCCUGGGAUGCCAGCGCCGAAGAUGUGGGAAUGGAUCCAGAGGACUGA